AUGAAGGUAACCAUCUCGGAUUGGUCAGCAGUAGGAUAUUGGGUUUGGGAUGUAAACAAUGAAGAUGAUGAAGAUGCAAUUUGCGGUAUUUGUCAAAAUGCAUUCGAUGGCGUUUGUGGAACGUGUGAUGAACCUGGUGAUCAAUGUCCGAUCUUGUUUGGUAAAUGUACGCAUAUAUUUCAUAUGCAUUGCAUUAUCAGAUGGACGGAAAAGAUGCAACCGGAACCUCUUUGUCCUUUAUGCAAAAGGAAGUGG